UCAAAAAACAAUCAAAAACUUAAAUUAUGCAUUAUUUAAAUAUUUUUGUUAAUAAUAUUCUGCGAAUGUAUUUCAUGGAUACACGAUGUCUUCUGAUAUUUAGUGAUUCUUUUAAUUCUAUUGAUGUGAUGCAGGUGAAUUUUUCCCUGCCGAUUAUUCAAGUGAAAGUGGACGUGCAUGGAAAAUUUGAUCAUUCCAUCGCUUUUAAUUAUUUUGGAUGUCAAGGAUUUUUGAUUUAUACUGAGAGGAUUAAUACUACUGCUGCUACUAUUGUUCAAAUUGAGAAAGCGAUAAGAUAUUAUACGAUGGAACGGUUUAAUACAAGAAGAUAUCUGGUGAUUGUUAAUAAUAAUAAUAAUAAAAAUGAUAAUACUAAUCAGGAUGAUGAAAAUUUAGAAAAAUUUGAUGUUGCGGAUAAUGAUAUUUUUGAUUUGAAUGAAUUGGAGUUUAUUGCUGAUUUUUUACUGCUGUUAUAUACGAAUCCUGAAAGUCCUGAAAGUCCUGAAAGUGAAAGUGGUGGAUUUAAUAGUUUUAAUAAUACUUUGAAUGAAAAAUGUGUUCUAUUGAGAUGUAUACACAUAAAUUUGUUGGGAAGCAUGAGGGGUACGCAGGAAGUAAUGCAUUUGGAUACAUGGUAUUGUGAUAAUGAUAAAGAGGAUGAAGAGUAUAAUAAUACAAGUUAUGGUUUUCCAUUGGUUGAUUUGUAUCCGGAUAAAUUGAGUGAUGGUCAAGGGAGGCCGUUUAAGAUCGCUACAUUUACGUAUAAGCCAUAUAGUGUUCCAGAGUUCAAUGAGGGCACUGAACUACAAAUUGCUGUAGAAUUUAGUCGUCAAUACAAUUUAACACCUACUUAUAUUAUCGACGAGGAAGGCGAAUGGGGUGAGAUUUAUGAUAAUUGGACUGGUUAUGGUAUUCUUGGGAAUGUUAUGUAUGAUAAUGGUGAUGUAGGUUUAGCUGCACUGUAUACUUGGGCUCAUGAAUAUGGUUAUCUGGACUUGUCUAAACCCGUGGUCAGGACGGGUAUUACAUGUUUAACACCAGCACCUCAUUUGGCAGCUGGAUGGCUGGUCCCUCUGUUUUCUUUCACCUAUGAAAUGUGGAUAGCAGUUGGUGUUGUAUUCCUAGUUUGCUCAAUAGUCUUAACCCUGUUGGAUUAUUACAAUCAAGAUGAAAAUGAUCCAAAUCGUGUUUCUACAACUCGAUUAGCUCAAGAAUCAAUCUUGGACACAGCAUCAAUAUUUCUCCUGCAAGCAUUUAAUCGUUUUGGGCAUUCAACAAAAUCAAAAAAUUUCCUGCAUGGCUGCAUGUUUCUUUACAGUUUACUAAUCGCCAGUAGUUAUUCCAGUGGUUUAGCAAGCAGUAUGACUGUUCCCAGAUACGAGGGAGCAAUCAACACUGUUCAGGAGUUAGUAGACAGUGGUAUUCAAUGGGGAGCUACUUCAAUUGCCUGGAUUAUGUCCAUCAUGGAUGCUGAAGAAUACAAUUAUCAUGUUUUGGUCGAGCGUUUUGUGAAAACUGAUGGUCCAAGACUACGAAAAUAUAAUAACAAAAGAUUUGCAUUCUCAAUUGAAAGAUUACCUGCUGGACAAUUUGCUAUCGGUGAUUACAUAACAGAAGAAGGCGCAGCAUCAUUAAAACUAAUGCAUGAAGACGUCUACUGGGAAUAUUGCGUCUUAAACAAAAAGUCAUCAAUAUGGAUGCCAUCCAUCGAUAAUUUCAUUCUAGUCUUAGCUCAGACUGGAAUACCCGGCGUGUGGGAAUAUCGCGUAGCAACAAAACAUUUAAAUCCCCAAAUUCAGAAAGCCGUUCAAUUUGGUGCGCAUCACGCGGAUGGUUCAAGUGUCCCCGUAAAACUACAAUGGGGACACGUACAGGGGGCAUUCGCCAUAUUGAUUAUCGGAAAUUCACUUGGAGUUAUCUGUUUCAUUGCAGAAUUAAUCGAUAGGAAAAGAGAAAGAAAUUUUAGUUUGUCAUACUAUAAUAAUUCAUAAAAUAUAGAUUUUAGACAGGUUUAAAUUAAAAAAUAGAAAGUAUGCUCCACCCAUUUAUGUCAAUUUAGAUGUAAGUAACUACU